AAACGCAAACACAUCUUGUUCUUCUUUGCUAGUGAUAAACCACAAAAUGGCAAUGUGCAAAUCAAUUAAACCAAUGAUUCAACUGUUACUAUUACUACUGGCGGUUCAUAUGCAUAUCCAAACCGUUAGUUCAACCACCGAGACAUCUGCCUCACUCGCCAAUCUGAAAGAUAGUGGAAAUAAAAUGUCUUCUGAGGUUGCUUUUCCCCUUUGGCGGCGAGAGCUUAGAAGCGGUGGAGGUGGAGGUCGUGGUGGUGGAGGCGGUAGCAGCGGAGGUCGUGGAGGUGGAAGCCGUGGUGGUGGAAGUAACGGAGGGAGUGGUACCAGCGGUAAAAGCAGCGGUGACUGCCUCAAGCCAUUUGGGCUCUUCAAUAGCCUGUUAUUCAUCGGUAUAUUAAGCUAUUUGGUUGGUGUGCGCUAGAACGUUCUGAAAUGUCUUUUAGCUUCUUUUAAAAGUAAAUAUUGUAUAUACAUGUUGCUUUUGUGUUUGGUAACAUUGAAGCUAAAUUUGUAGUACUCAUUUGUAUCGUGUUUGUUCUGUAUCAUGUAAUAGCCUAGCUAAUACAGUAAUACUAUUGUAUAUAGCGUCCGUCAUACGCAAACGUUUGUGGUCGCCUCAUUAUGAAAUAUCAAAUGCUGUAGAUGCAAAACCGCUGAGUCUGAUUGUUUGGGAUUGAUUGUGGUAGAG